UUCGUUCUAUCAACUGUUCGGGAAUACAGGAUUUUCAUUCGAGUAAACAACUAUUAGAUAAUGAACGUAUUUGUUCGGUAGAGCUUUAUUACUUUGAUUGUUUGCAAAGACAUUGAACAGUUUGAGAGAGAGAGAGAGCGCGCAAAUUCCGUGUGAUAGAUUUAUUCAUCCAAAACUGCGUAAUGUGUCAAUAGAGAACUGUGUUGUGUCUGACGGUCUGUUUCGAUGUGAUUCCGUGAGGGACUGCCUGACCUGAACCGGAGCGUUGUUCAUGCUGCAUCAGAGCUGAUUCUCUCUCCUGUGCUCAGGCCCCCCAUGUGCCAACCUGCACCAGAGAUGUUGCUGAUUCUGGGGGGAGAGUGAGGAGUACCUCCCCUGCACUCUCCACUUCCACCCUGCCACCCUACUCCACACCGAGACAUGGUUUAGCCCAACCUGUCCAGCAGUCAAGAUGAUGGCCUCUGUGGUUACCAACGGAAACAGGAAGAAGUCACUGUCCCUGAACGGGGUGGACCCAGAAACCUGCAUGAUCGUCUUCAGAAACCACUGGGCACAGGUGGUGAAGAUCUUGGAGAAACAUGAUCCUGUCCAUAGCCGGUCUGGUGUCUACCUUCGUCUCGGUCCUGUCCCCGGUGACGAGGCCAGCGCGGUCCAGAACUACGUAGAACACAUGCUGUUCCUGUUGAUGGAGGAGGAGCCGGGCCAGGGCGGAGCGAUGGGAGCCAUCCUGGAGUUUGUGGUUGUAGAAGGCGUGAUGGAGAGACUGUUCCUCUGGAGUCUAAGACAACACUUCACUGAUGAUAUGAAACUGGAACAACUGAGGAUGUACCAGAUGUUACUGUCUCAGGCCAGACAGCCUCUCCUGCACCACAAACCUGUUCUACGACCCUUAAUGAUGCUGUUAUCUUCCUGUGCUGGAGCUGGGAGUGGAGGAAGAGGAGGAGGAGGAGGGUCAGUGGAAGCAGAGUUGGUCCUCCUGCUAAACCAGCUGUGUGGUGCGCUGGCUAAGGACCCCUCAGUGUUAGAGUUGUUCUUCCACACCAGUGAGGACCAGGGGGCAGCCAACUUCCUGCUCUUCUCCCUGCUGAUCCCCUUCACGCAUCAGGAAGGCAGCGUAGGACAGCAGGCCCGGGACGCUCUGCUGCUCAUCAUGCAGCUGUCGACCUACAACCCCAGAGUCGCUACACACAUCACAGACAACACGUACUUCUGUCCUGUACUGGCUACAGGUCUGAGUGGUUUGUAUUCGUCUCUACCUGCGAAGCUACAGGUGUAUAGUGAAGACUGGCACUGUCUGGAGAGAGCUGACUGGGUGCAGGUUCCGGCUUUGGUCCAGUUUCUAAACUCUCUGCAGUUCUGCUGCUCUGUCAUUAAGGUUGGACAUCCCUCGAUCAGAGGUCAGUUGUUGGGAUAUAUCUACAAUGGCUUCCUGGUUCCUGUACUGGCUCCAGCUCUUCACAAGUGUACACUAGAAGAGGUGAUGACCACUACUGCGUAUCUGGACCUCUUCCUCCGCUCGGUGUCAGAGCCCGCCCUCCUCCAGACCUUCCUCUCCUUCAUACUGCUACACACACACGACAACGUCCAGCUCCUAGACACACUGGUGUCCAGAGUUAACACACCCUUCCAGUUAGGUACAGUGUCUCUGGCUUUGUUCCGAACUCUCAUUGGUCUGUUCUGUGAAGACGUCAUGCUUCAGCUCAUACUCAGGUAUCUGAUCCCGUGUACACACCUGUGUGUGAGAGAACGCCGCUCUCUCAAGGACAGAGACGCCUACUCUUCAUCAGCUGUUAAAUUCCUCUUCCUCACUCCCUCCUGGUGCCCCCUGCACCUCGGAGCCGCACACACACACACCCAACACAUCCACUGGGCCAUGGGGAAUGACGUUCCCAUGUCAGAGGGUGACAGUGUUGGUUACUCCAGGAUCUGCAGGACAGACCUCCUGAUGAAUGUCAACUAUCUCCAGUACCUCUGGGAUGCUAGAGUUGGGAUUGCUGCAUCGCUCCAGGCCUGUCUGGUCUGGUCUGGUCCCUAUGACGGGGAGAAGCCUGCAGCUCGAGAGGAGGAAGACGGGGAAGAGAGAGAGGAGGAGAAGAUGAAUCAAACCUUCAACUGGACUUCAUCUCCCAGCCCUCCCCUCACCUCCCCCCCUGUAACCAUGGGAAACCAACAUAGAGGGGGAGACGGAGGGAGGGGGAGUGUGGUCGAGUUGGAGUGGGAUGAUAGUUAUGAGUGGGAUGAUAGUGCCCUCCCCUCCUCCUCCCUCCCGCUCACCCCCCCAGUACAUAUUGAAACCCCUCAGCAUAUUCAGGAGAUGAGACGUUCGGCCAUAAUGUUGAUCCAGGGCUCCUACGUUGAGGAGUCAGACUUUCAGGACGAUGUGUUGGUCUAUAACCUCGUGGCACAGAAAGACGAGGUGGAACACAAACCUCACCGCAGGACUACUCCACAGACCAGGAAACCAGUUGUUAGUCAAACAACCUCGCUCGUUCACAGACAUGGAACGCAUAGACGAGAGAAGGAGGGGGUGAUCGUGGAAGAGGGGGGGGUGAGAGAGGAAGAGGGGGUGAGAGAGGAGAAGCAAUCACAACCACAGCUGCUCAGUAACUGUCUGAGCUGUGAGGACCACACAGUCAAUGAGGAGGUCGACGACGACCGUAAACGCAAGUCUUCUGGACCACAUUUGGACCACAACUGCAACAGGACGGUGACCACGACCGUGAAUCAGACAAAUGACCUGACAACCGUAGACCACCAGGAGAGAACCACCUCAGAGAACCACACACCCCCAGUCGAGAAACAGCAGGACUGUAACAACACCGAUGCUGAUCAUCCCGUAAGCCCGGUGACGACCUCGGCGGUGGAUGACAGCUUCCUGUCCCAGUAUCGGGAGCUCAUGCGCUCGCUGGGGGCGGAGCCCGAUGACGUCACCGAUGACAUCACAGAGUUCAGGAAGCGUGUGUUGGCUCUGGCCCAGGGAGGAGAGGAGGAGGAGGUGGACUUUAGCGUGUUCUCUAUAGACUCCCCGGAACCGAAGGAUGCCGAUCUGGAGAACAGUCCAGAACUGACGAGCAACAGCCAAGACAGAAAACGUGGGAUACCCUUCACUGGCCCGUUCAUUAGUGUUCUCCUGUCACGGUUGGAGAACCUGUUGGAGAACCCUAUUCCAGUCAACCUGCUAGUUACAGGUAUCCUGUCUCAGCUCGCCAAAUACCCCCAGCCUCUCCUCCGGGCGUUCCUACUGAACACGCACACUGACCCACCACCCAACGUACACACACUAUACCAGGUGCUGGUCUCAGUGCGUGUGCAGAUAGAGCAGUACGCAACGGACCAGACAGAGUUUCCUGCUACAGUCAGAGAAGCAUGGAGAUACCUACUGGCGAGAGACCAAGCACUGAAACUCAGAGAGCUCCUCCAGGACAGCCAUAGUGAUAACAGGAAGAGUGUUCUACCCAAUGGAACACAGCAGAUAAGGCAGAACGUCCCCCCGUGUCCCAACAUUCCUCCACAGGCCAGGAACAGAGUCUUCGCUACGGUUCUAUAUGCAGAGUUCUUAAAGGAGUUAGCUGCCAUCGCACAGGAACACUCUAUAGUACCUGACUCACCUAUAGAGGAGAUCUACACACCUGACUCACCUAUAGAGGAAUAGAUGAACACACGUGACUCACCUAUAGAGGAAUAGACGAAAACACCUGACUCACCUAUAGAGGAGAUUAACACACCUGACUCACCUAUAGAGGAGAUUAACACACCUGACUCACCUAUAGAGGAGAUUAACACACCUGACUCAGAUAUAGAGGAGAUUAACACACCUGACUCACCUAUAGAGGAGAUCAACACACCUGACUCACCUAUAGAGGACAAGAUUAACACACCUGACUCACCUAUAGAGGACAAGAUUAACACACCUGACUCACCUAUAGAGGAAUAGAUGAACACACCUGAUUCAGAUAUAGAGGAGAUUAACACACCUGACUCACCUAUAGAGGAAUAGAUUAACCCACCUGACUCACCUAUAGAGGAGAUUAACACACCUGACUCACCUAUAGAGGAAUAGAUUAACACACCUGACUCACCUAUAGAGGAGGAGAUUAACACAACAGGUUCACCUAUAGAGGAAUAGAUUAACACACCUGAAUCACCUAUAGAGGAGAUUAACACACCUGAAUCACCUAUAGAGGAGAUUAACACACCUGACUCACCUAUAGAGGAGAUUAACACACCUGACUCACCUAUAGAGGAAUAGAUUAACACACCUGACUCACCUAUAGAGGAGAUGAACCCACCUGACUCACCUAUAGAGGAAUAGAUGAACCCACCUGACUCACCUAUAGAGGAGGAGAUUAACACACCUGACUCACAUAUAGAGGAGAUGAACCCACCUGACUCACCUAUAGAGGAGAUUAACACACCUGACUCACCUAUAGAGGAAUAGAUUAACACACCUGACUCACCUAUAGAGGAGAUGAACCCACCUGACUCACCUAUAGAGGAAUAGAUGAACCCACCUGACUCACCUAUAGAGGAGAUUAACACACCUGACUCACCUAUAGAGGAAUAGAUGAACCCACCUGACUCACCUAUAGAGGAAUAGAUGAACACACCUGACUCACCUAUAGAGGAGGAGAUUAACACACCUGACUCACAUAUAGAGGAGAUGAACCCACCUGACUCACCUAUAGAGGAAUAGAUGAACCCACCUGACUCACCUAUAGAGGAGAUUAACACACCUGACUCACCUAUAGAGGAAUAGAUGAACCCACCUGACUCACCUAUAGAGGAAUAGAUUAACACACCUGACUCACCUAUAGAGGAGGAGAUUAACACAACAGGUUCACCUAUAGAGGAAUAGAUUAACACACCUGACUCACCUAUAGAGGAGAUUAACACACCUGACUCACCUAUAGAGGAAUAGAUGAACACACCUGACUCACAUAAAGAGGAGAUUAACCCACCUGACUCACCUAUAGAGGAAUAGAUGAACACAAGUGACUCACCUAUAGAGGAAUAGAUUAACCCACCUGACUCACCUAUAGAGGAGAUUAACACACCUGACUCACCUAUAGAGGAGGAGAUUAACACAACAGGUUCACCUAUAGAGGAGAUUAACACACCUGACUCACCUAUAGAGGAAUAGAUGAACACACCUGACUCACCUAUAGAGGACUAGAUUAACACACCUGACUCACCUAGAGGAGAUUAACACACCUAACUCACCUAGAGGAGAUUAACACACCUGACUCACCUAUAGAGGAGAUUAACACACCUGACUCACCUAUAGAGGUAAUUAACACACCUGACUCACCUAUAGAGGAGAUUAACACACCUGACUCACCUAUAGAGGAGAUUAACAAACCUGACUCACCUAUAGAGGAGAUUAACACACCUGACUCACCUAUAGAGGACUAGAUUAACACACCUGACGCACCUAUAGAGGAGAUUAAUACACCUGACUCACCUAUAGAGGAGAUUAAUACACCUGACUCACCUAUAGAGGAGGAGAUUAACACACCUGACUCAACUAUCGAGGAGAUUAACACACCUGACUCACCUAUAGAGGAAUAGAUGAACACAACUGACUCACCUAUAGAGGACUAGAUUAACACACCUGACUCACCUAUAGAGGAGAUUAACACACCUGACUCACCUAUAGAGGAGAUUAACACACCUGACUCAUCUAUAGAGGAAUAGAUGAACACACCUGACUCACCUAUAGAGGACUAGAUUAACACACCUGACUCACCUAUAGAGGAGAUUAACACACCUGACUCACCUAUAGAGGAAUAGAUGAACCCACCUGACUCACCUAUAGAGGAGAUUAACACACCUGACUCACCUAUAGAGGAGAUUAACACACCUGACUCACCUAUAGAGGAGAUUAACACACCUGACUCACCUAUAGAGGAGGAGAUUAACACACGUGACUCACCUAUAGAGGAGAUUAACCCACCUGACUCACCUAUAGAGGAGAUUAACACACCUGACUCACCUAUAGAGGAAUAGAUGAACAUACCUGACUCACCUAUAGAGGAGGAGAUUAACACAACAGGUUCACCUAUAGAGGAAUAGAUUAACACACCUGACUCACCUAUAGAGGACAAGAUUAACACACCUGACUCACCUAUAGAGGAGAUUAACACACCUGAAUCACCUAGAGGAGAUUAACACACCUGACUCACCUAUAGAGGAGAUUAACACACCUGACUCAGAUAUAGAGGAGAUUAACACACCUGACUCACCUAUAGAGGAGGAGAUUAACACACCUGACUCACCUAUAGAGGAAUAGAUGAACACACGUGACUCACCUAUAGAGGAAUAGAUUAACCCACCUGACUCACCUAUAGAGGAGAUUAACACACCUGACUCACAUAAAGAGGAGAUGAACCCACCUGACUCACCUAUAGAGGAAUAGAUGAACACAAGUGACUCACCUAUAGAGGAAUAGAUUAACCCACCUGACUCACCUAUAGAGGAGAUUAACACACCUGACUCACCUAUAGAGGAGGAGAUUAACACAACAGGUUCACCUAUAGAGGAGAUUAACACACCUGACUCACCUAUAGAGGAAUAGAUGAACACACCUGACUCACCUAUAGAGGACUAGAUUAACACACCUAACUCACCUAGAGGAGAUUAA